AUGGCAAUGCCCGUGAGAGACCGCAAGCUCUACAAAGCCGAGAUACUGCAAGCGAAUAAAAUUCUGAAUGAGGCGGAAAGGAAAAAGAUCAUUCAUGACUACAAGCCCAUAGACCAAGAAGACGACAACGACGAUGAGUGGGCGGAACAUGAUGUCCCCUCGCACCCUCGGUUCGGUCUCCGACGCGCCCUGCGCAACAAGCUUCACCUCGCCCUCUUCACCAUAAUGCACAGCAUCUUCUCUCUCUACAUCAGGAUACGACAGGCAUGGCAUAUUGUGGCCUACCGCAUAUCCUCGAUCCUCUUUUACCACCACCGCACACCCGCUUUCAUCGAGAGAGACGUCGAGGGACUGAAGAAGAAACCGCAGCACCUGAGUGUAGUCCUGAAGGUUGGGCAGGGCGGCAGGCACAGCGCCGAGCUCGAGAGGCUCGUCAACGAGGCGGCCGAGAUUGCCGUCUGGUGCACAUGCGCCAAGAUUCCCACCCUGACGGUGUACGAGAGGACUGGCAUCUUCAAGAAGUACCUGCCCCAUGUACAGCAGUCGAUCAACCAAAAGUUCCGCUCCUACUUCGGCCGUCACCAGCCGUCCCUCACUGUCUCCAUGCCCCAUGCCGACGAGGUCCUCGAAUCCCCCGCCCUCGGCGAUUUCGCCCGUGCCGACCCCCGCCACCUCAACAUCUCCUUCAUCUCGGCUGAGGACGGUCGCGAGUCCAUGGUGGACCUCACGCGCACGCUCGCCGAGAUGUCGCAGAAGAACAAGCUGUCGCCCAAGGACAUUGGCAUGGAUCUCAUCGGAGCCGAGCUGUCCGAGGGAAUCAUGCCUGAGCCCGAUCUCCUCAUUCUCUUCGGGCCCCAUGUCGAGCUCGACGGAUACCCGCCGUGGCCGAUUCGCCUGACGGAGAUCUUCUGCCUUCCCGACAACCAGGAAGUCGGCUACCAAGUGUUCCUGCGUGCACUCCGCAACUUUGCAAACGCCCAGUUCAGGAAGGGAAAAUAA